CAAAAUUAAAAAAAAAAAAAAAAACAGAAACAGAAGCUCGUGAAAAUCAAAAUCCCUUCGAAAAUCUUCUCCAAACUAAACCAUCUUCUUUUCAGUGUACAACAAUUGAUUAUCUCCAAAUCAUCGAAAUCGCCUCCAAAUCAGUUUCAUUCAAAUCAUCUUAGGGCUUCUAAUCAUCUUCUCAAAUCAAUUUCAUCUUAGGGCUUCAAAUCAUCUUCUAAAAAAGAUUUAGGGUUUCAGCUCGUGAGUAGCCCAGAACGAACAAAGGAACAUAGCACUUUCAUUGAACGCAACUUUCAGCUCGUGAUUCGGUAUUGGAUUCACCUAUUUCAAAAGGCUGUUAUAUCUCUAGGCUUAUUGAGAUGUAAGUGAAGUGCAACCAUGCACUACAUAUCUCCUACUUCUUUCUACUUGUGGUGAAUGACUCCGAUUUUCUCUCGGGACUAAGAAAGCCAAAGAAUUGUCUUGGAAACUUUAACAAAUUCAUCUUUGAAAAAGGAAAAUGAACUCCACGUGAAAAUUAUGGAGCUUGAGACCAAGAUGAAGGAGUUAAGUUGGAAUAGGUAUGUUUUUGUAUUUCUUUGAAAAUUUACAAUUGAAACAGUAUGUUUAAAUUUGAAAAUUAAAAAUUGUUGCAGACUUGUUAAGUCAAGUAACCGUUUUAACUUACUUAUGAAGUACUGUACAAAAUUUAAAAUUAUGUUUUUUCAUGAACCAUUGUUAUUAUAAACUAUUGCAAACCUUCAUGAAAAUGUCUCAACCUUUACCAUGUUUCAUAGAGGUGUUAUGCACUUAUAAAUACAUGUAAUUUUAAAUUAAAAAUCACCUCCUCCAUUGCAAUUAGAAAUCAUAUUCUCAUUCAUAUUCAAACAAGUGUUUUUGAUACUUAAACUUUCAUUGAUAUUUUUCUGCAUAUUGUUUCAUAUUCAAUUCAGAAAAAUUUCUCCAUCAUUCACAAAACACUUGAGAACUAUAUUGUCAUUAUAAAUUGCUUGUUUGGAAGAGAAGAUCAGUCAUAGUGAUUGAUAUAUGUUUAUCAACUUUACUACUCAAAUAUUUUCCAAAAGUGUUUUGUAAUUGCUUGUUGUCCAGGAUUGUUGGAAACAAGAAAGUAGCAAUGAAAGGAUUUUUUUUCUUGUUCUACUUGGUUGGUUGUAUCUUGUUUUCCAGAAUUAUUAGAAGCAAGAAAGUCACUUUGAGAGGAUUGUUCUCUUAGUAGACUUGGUGUAAAAUCCAAGAUUAUUGUUCUUGGUCCAAGAUGAUUGUUCUCUUAGUGGACUUAGUGUAAAAUUCAAGAGGAUUGUUCUUGGUCCAAUAGGAUUGCUCUUUAUGUUUGUGUGGGUCUUGUAUAAGUCAUAAACAAUAGUAAAAUAUCUUUCAAGUUACCUUUCUUGUGUGACCCUCCUUUCUUUCAGGCGUUCAUGGCACACCUUUCUUGUGUGACCCUCCUUCUUCCAAUGAUAGCAUCGAAUGCCAGAUGCUUCGCCGCUGUAAGACUCCGACUGGCUUUUGCCCUUUUUCUUGUCGAACUUACCAUCCUUUCGCAAGAAUUUGACCUUAACGGUAAAACCUUCACCAACAGUCGAAGGUUUAUGCUCCUUUCGCUCAUUCAAGUCCUUAGAAUACAGGGCUGAUUGAACUUCUUCAAAGGUCAGGGACUCCCUUCCAUACAGGAGAGCUUCUUUGAAGUGAGCAUGUGAUCGAGACAAAGCGCACAAUAGUAAUAGCGCUUGAUCUUCAUCAUCGAUCUUCACAUCAAUAUUUUCAAGAUCAAGAAUCAGCUUGUUGAACAUAUCCAACUGCUCAGCCAACACUUUGUCUUCAAUCAUCUUGAAUGAAUACAAAGCUUGCUUCAGGUAUAGUCGAUUUACCAGUGAUUGGGUCAUGUAUAAACUUUCAAGUUUCACCCAUAACCCCAAUGUCGUCGUCUCCUUCGAUACCUGUCGGAGAACCUUAUCACCAAGGCUCAACAAAAUUGCAUUGUGUGCUUUCUCGAUCAUGGUUGUCUUCUCUCUUUCCGUUAACGCAGUGUCCAUAACCGCCGCACCCUUCAACGCUUCCAAACAACCCUACUGAACCAGUACGACUUUCAUCUUCAAGCGCCACAGACCGAAAUCGUUCACUCCGGCGAACUUUUCAAUCUCAUACAUUGUUGAAGGCAUCUUCUCCACGCUCACCGCACCAAUUUAUUGUGAAUUCAAUGCCAAGAACAAAGUAUAAUGCAAGGGCAAGAAUAAGGAACAAGGAAGAAGAAUAACACGAGAAUUGGUUAUAACUGCUAUUCUUUUACUUUCUCUUAGAAAACAAGAUUACAAGUUUACAAGAAUAACAAAUAACCUCUCUCACCCUAAAUUAGGAUUUGCUGUGUUGUAAUGAUGAGAGACUAGUAUGCUAUUUAUAAUAAAACCUAACAUACUAACUAAUGGGAUUUUUCCACAAGGCCCAUUACACAAGUCAACUUAAUAAACAAGCUAACUUAACAAAUUAGGGUUUAAACACUAAAACCUAAUUUAACAUGCUAACAAACUGUUAGCUGGAGAUUUCGAUUGAAGGAUAUGCUUCUUGAAGAAUUAGAGUUCGAAGAAGAAGAUGGAUUUCGAUGGCCAUUCUUGAGAAUAAAUGGUUUUUAAAGGCCAUUUCCGAGGAUGUCAUUUAUGAUGAAGAUGAUUGAAAUCGAAGCUGAAUCGAGAUAGAUUGUCUUUGAGACUUAAGCGUUUUUUGAAAUACAAUGAGUACUGAAGCUUAGCGUAUUUCGUUUCAUUCUCACUAAAGAUCACGGUGCCACGUAUCGGAAGAGAAUUUAGGCGGGAGGAUUUGAAUUUCGAAAUAUUCUGUAUAACCAGACAAGGACAGAUGGCGCCCCAGGGAUUCGAAACUCAUGCAUGUGAGCAACGUGGCAUUUCCUUAGCGUAGGACCGUUAGGGUCGAAUUAGUAUAAAUAAGGGUCUUAGUAUCAGGAUCCAGUGUGUUCAUUUUGUACAAAUCACUCACAAAUCACUCAAGUAUCAAGUGUUAAGAGAAAGAGUUCGCUGAGAAAUGUACGUAUGACACCACACUUUUAAUAUGUUUGUAUUUCUAUUUACAAAAUCAAAGUGUCUUUAAGUUUCUUUUACUUUUCGCCCAGUUUUUCCUUCAAUUCUAGUUUUCUUAUUGAUAAGUCUUUACAUUAUUGCACUUUACAUUUCUCUACUUUACGUUUCUGAAAGUUACAUUCCUUUAUCUUUUCGUCAAAUUUUUUACUUACAUUUAUAACCAGUUUAUUAUUCAGUUGUGUACAUUCUUUGUUAGUUUAUUUUGCAAGUUGUUUACAUGUUCAUACUAUAACCAAGUUUCGAAGCAAAAGACCAACAAAUAUGAGCCAAAUUAUCUCGAAAGACAACUAUUUGAUUAUGUCCUAGGAUCAAUCUAGUCGAUCCUACGAGUAACCAAAGUAUAUUUAUAGUUUGGAGGACUAGCGGUUGUUUACCGGAAAUCACCGUAAACAAAUUUGCAUACCCGGUGGGACAGUGUCAAACAGUUUGUCAUUAAUUUGUUGUUUUGUUUUUGUCUAGAAUAUAUCAAGACCUUGUAUGAACCUUAGGAACGGUAAAUAACCAACAGUGCACAAUCGAUUCCUAAACGAAGGUACAACAAGAAAAUGGUCAAUUCGACCACUGGCAGGGGAAAUUAAGAUCCCCUACAAGGGUCAGGAACAGUAGCAGCAAGUACUACAAAUGUUUCGACUUCUAUGUCAGAAGCACAGGAGAUACCCGCUUCGACAGGGUCUGCAGCCAUAGUUAGUUCCCAGGCCAUGCGUGAAAAUACAUUAGUACCAACAGGGACAGUCCUAGUUUCCAGUUCGACCCCUGUGCCUCACUUCACAGGCACGACAGAAAUACCACAUUUUGCGGCAAAUUUCGCAAAUCAACAACAAACCCCAAGACCAUCGUCAUCAUCAUUCGAGGGUUGGAGACUUGGAAAUCCUUAUGGAAUGCGCUUUUCAUAUAUGGCAGGCUUACAUGGUCCGGGACCUACAUAUACUCAACCUAGUGCGACGACAUUUUCGCCUAACGCUGGUUCAGUAGGUCGAAGCGCACAAAAUAUAGGCCCAUUGGGCCAAAUGCCUCUCUUAACUACCAAUAGUUAAGCAGUAUUUUGGCAUGAGAUGGAUGCAAGUAACCACGAUAUGGUUGGUAUUCUUGCUAGAGAAAUGGGAUCGAUUUUUUCUCCCUUAGUAGCAAACAUUACCAGGACUAACCAGGAUAAUGUAGAAACAUACCAAAAAAUAUCUUCACAAAUAGGUCGUAUGGCAGAUUUCUUAGGGGUCCCUCAAACAUCUACUAGGCUAAGAAAUAACCAGUCUACCUAUUGAGAAGGUGAACCAGUCUUAGAACGUGUUCAAGAUGUAGUUCAACCACCUAGGCAGGUAUCCGUCGAAAGAAAUCAAGUAAUAGAUUUAGAAAAUCAUAAUCUAAGGACCAAUACUGGUCAAUAAGAAGUUCCCCAUGAACAGCCUAGGCUAGUUGUAGUGGGCAGGAACGAACAUCCAGACGAAGUAUUACACAGGGUUAGGAGAGACAAUAUGGCGACAGAAAAUAACCUAACCACCAGGAUAGAAAGAAUUAUGGCCAAUAAUGGCCUUAAUACUGGACCUCGACGUCCAAAUUACACUUCCCCUGUAGCAGAGUAUAUUAUGCAAACGGAAUUACCAAGAGGGACCAAAGUACCCAAAUUUACGAAAUUUUUAGGGGAUACUAGUGAAUCGACUGUGGAACACAUAGCCCGAUACUUGACAGAGGCUGGUGAUUUAGCAGGCAACAAAAACUUGAGACUUAAAUAUUUCCCUAGUUCGCUAACAAAAAAUGCUUUCACAUAGUUUACCACCUUACCCCCAAAUUCCAUGGAUGCUUGGGCACACUUGGAGAGGUUGUUCCAUGAACAAUUCUAUAUGGGCCAAACCAAGAUAAGUUUGAAUAGGUUCCGUUUGCUGAAAUCAAGAUGCUUCACAGUUGUUCCAGAACAUGAAUUAAUCGAAAUGAAUGCAGGAGGUCUAGACUAUUCAAUUAGAAAGAAAUUGGAUACUCAAUACAGUUUUGAAGAGUGUCAUACCCCAAUUUUUGACCUAAGAUACCACCUCAUAUCAUUGCAUAUGCAUCAUUUGCAUCUCUAACAAAUUGCAUAGUUUGUGUUUGCUACUUGUGACUCAGCAGGGAUUUAAUCAAGAAAUCACUCAUCAGUACAAGCAACAAUCAACUAGGGUUUUGUUCUCCCUUCAUCUCAAAUGAAUCAUCUUCAUCAAUAAUCAACAUUUGGUCCUCAGAGAUUCAUUUCAACAAGCUCAACAGCUUUGAAUCGACUGAAUUAGGGUUUUGACUGAAGACAGCACACUCCUGACUUUUGCUCAGAAUUUGACCUAAUGGCUUGGGACAUGAUAUCAAGACCUCAAGUGCAUCAUUUUGACCUAAUCCAUUGGCUCAUAACAUCUCCUACACAAAGAUUGAUCAGACAAAUCCUCAGAUCAGGGUUUUGAACUAUCAGGGACUAAAAUCAGGGAUCACAUUUGGGAAACCCUAAAAACCCCCAGGAAGUCAAUCAAAGAUUUCAAUCAUCUUCAAAUAAUCCCUAUGAUAAUAUCCAAUGAAGAUUGUGUCUCAAUUCAAGAUCCACAGACAUCAAUUUCAUCAGGUCGACAAUUAGGGUUUUUGACCUAAUUCACUGAACAACUGACUUUUUAAUCAGGACAUGGUGCCACAACUCAAACCAUGGCUCAAUAUCCUCUAAUGCUUCAAUAUGAUUCAUUCAUACCAUUCAUUUGGUGAGGGUAGCCUGUUUCAUUUGAAAUCUCCAGAAACGCGAUUCGACUGAAAAAGUCAACUGUACAAGAACACCAUUGACUUUUGAGGAAUUUUGGUCAACCAUGAAUUUUGAAGUUUUAAAUCAUCAAUAUAAUAUGAGAAGUCAUUUGAUCAAGAAAAAUCAAGAAAAUCAAUCAAGAAUCAAAAAGUCAAAAGUUUGACUUUUCAUACUUAGAAAUUUUUCUAAGUGUUUUUCAUGGUUUUUUCCAAACUUUGGAGGGGAAUAACUCAAAAUUUCACCUACAAACUGAAAAAAACUUCCAACAUGAAAGUUGUAGAUUUUGAUCCAAUAAACAACUUUGACACAUAUAAUUUUUUUCCAUAAGAUCAACCAUUUAAGAGAUAUGGAGCUUCAAAGUUGGUAUCUUAUGAAAAUUUCACUUAAAACUUCAUUUUCUUCAAAGUUCAUGGAACUUUUUCACCCAUUUCCUUAAGAGACUUGAGGAAACUUUCAACUAGGAUUUUGAAGUGUGUAACAUGAGCUUUCCAAAAUGUCAAAGAGCAUGAAAAAAUAUGAACCAUUUUGCCAAAUGAUCCAAGUAAUGAUGCAUAGAUGCAAUAAUUGGAGAUAUUUUUCUGAUUUGAGAUCAGAAUGGAAGAGGAUAAGAAGCUAGAGUUUUAACCAUGGUUUAGUCACUUUUAACCAUGUGCAUUAAAUGUAAAGAUUCCAUUUUAUCUUUAAAUGCCAAAUCACCAAUUCUUGAUCAACUUGCAAAGCUUUGUAUUCAGAAACCUUGGCCUAUAAAUAGAGGUCCUUACCUCAUUCAAAUUCACACCAAAACCUCACAAAAGAUAGGUUUCUCUCUUCUUUCUUGAAUUACAAGUUUCAUAAAGUUUCAAAGAGGAGAAAAUGCAAGUUCCAUCCCUUGCAAGUUCUGACCAAAGUGAUGCUUCCCACAAACCAUAAACAUCACAUAUGAUGUGUUUGAACCAUCCAUACACCCCAAAAACACCUAAAACUCAAAAUCACUACCUCACUUUCCAAAUAUGCAUAACAUGAGACUUAUCAUGCCAAAUUUUAUUUAAGCUCAUUUCUGACCAAGUUAAUCAUCCAAACACCAUCCAUGUACCAUAUAUGAACUAUCCCAAUCAUCAUCCAUGAUCUGAAACAUCAAAAUCAUCAAAUUCGAUCCUCACACCAUAGCUCUGCAGAUCGGGUGCCACAAACUGAUCAAAAGGUUUUCAGUUCAUUCCAAGACUUCAAACAUGUUCCAUAAGGUCCACUGAAGGUGUUCAGAUCAAGAAACAACAUCUGGAAUCCCUCAUUUGCAGAAUUCGAUUUCCAGUUUUGACAUUUUUAAGGUAAGCUCUCUUGAACUUCAAACUCUAUCAUACAUGCAUCAUAAAUGAAAAACUGCCAUACUAUCUUGUUUCUGCACAUGCAUGGAUCAUUAACCCUCAAUCAAUUGCCAAUUAUCUUGCACAAACACGAUUUCAGAUUGAAUUAGGGAAUUAGGGUUCUUCGUGUUCAUCAGAAAAUUAAUGAUCUUAGAGUGAAAAUAAAUGAAAUUAAAUGAUACCAUCAUGUUCCUUGUGGAAAAUCGAGCAAGAUAGGCUAUUCACUUGAUCAAAACAAUCCAGUUUUCAGAAUUUUCAAAUUCAAAUUAGGGUUGUGUUCUUGGCGCCAUAUUUUUGAAACUGAAAUUUGGAAAUCAUCUCAAAAUAUAUUUUAAUUCGUUGCAAGUAUUAACAGACCACGCGCGUGGUCCAGUUGGCUAAGUUUUUGGAUAAUAACCUCAAGGUCACGAGUUCAACACUCCUAGGGGCCAAACCAUUUUUUUUACACUAUUUUUUCUUCAUUUUCUUUAACAACUUUAAUUAAUUAUUUAACCAAUGAAAUUAAUUCAUUUUUCAUUCAUUUUUUACACACUUCUUGUUUAACACAUAUAUUUUAAGAAUAUCAAAAAAAAAUCAUCAAAAAAUAUUUAUUUGAUACAUUUUUUAAUAGUUUUAAAAUGACUUGUUUUUAAGUAAUUUUAAUACUUUUAAAUAUUAUUUUUCAUUUGAUUUUCAAAGUUAAUCACUUGUAAAUAUUUUUUGAAGCAAACCCUAAUCAUCUAAGUGUUAAUUGAGGAUAAUCUUUUGUUUAUCUUGAUUAAAUUGACUUCUUUCAAAAUUCAAAUCGUUUUAAAACGAGCAAUCGCGUUUCUUUUCAAAAAAAACGAUAAACCAUUUCUUUUUGAAACUACUGAUUAAAUCUUUUUAAUUGAUCAAUUGAUUUUCAAAACGAUGUGGGGCCUCUCGAAUAUUAGAGAGUAUAAGACCCACUCCUUUUUCCUUUUAUACAGUUUUUUCUUCUUUAAACAAUAAAACUUCUUCAAAAUAAAAUCUUUUCAAACAAUUUUCAAAUCAUUUUCAAAACAACCAAACUUCAAAGAAACAAAGCUUUUCAAUAUACCAUGGGCCUCCAUGUAGGUAUAAGCCCCAAGCCCUUUUGUACAUACCCACUCUAGUACAUGAAAUUAGGUAUUUCAUUGUACGCCUUUUGUACAUAUCUCGAUCAGUUUGAUUUUUAACUUUGAAUAACAAACCAAAAAUGAAGGUUUCUUUAAAUCUUCCCAAAAAUAUACCAUGGGCCUCCAUGUAGGUAUAAGUCCCAAGCCCCUUUGUAAAUACCUGUUUACAUAGCUUUGAAUAAACUCAAGUGGACUUCUCCCCGAGUGUGAGUCCCGAGCCCUGUGUAUACAAAUGGAUCAUGCUUACAGGUAUAUUUCCUUCAUAAACUCCAUUAUAUACACACACUUUGUCAUAUAUGUAUAACUGUUCAUAUUUGUUCAUGUACUUGUUCAUAUUUGUUCGUACUUGUUCAUACUUGUGAUUGUGUUAUAUGCUUAUUCAACUUAGUACAACACUAGGUUCCCCAUAGCCUCCUAUUGGGCUUCGUGCAAAGAAUCUCCCUAGUUUAGGUUAGGACAUAGAGUAUGGUUUCCCGGUGAAAUCGCUCUAAGAGCUCAAACCAACUAUACCAUGCCUCCCCUUGGGCUUUGUACAAACGAGUGACCCUCCCAUAGCCUCCUCUUGGGCUUACAAUGCAAGGACCCUGGAUUGUCCCUCCCAUAGCCUCCUCUUGGGCUUACAAUGCAAGGACCCUCGGAUAGCCUCCUCUUGGGCUUCGUACAAGGACCCACGGGCUUCUUAUAAGCAUCCCCAAUAUCCAAAUCAAAUACCCUAGGAGAUUAGACAUUUUUCAUCUCUAUGCUAGGAGUAUCUCUUCUAUAUCAUCACAAACAAUCAAUCAAUCAAAAUCAAACUUUUUUGCCACGAGGCUGGCUAAUCAAUCAAACUGUUUUACCACCGUACUGGAUGAUUAAUCAAAGUUUUUGUCACAAGGCUGACUUCAUUGAAACUUUUGCCACAAGGCUGACUUCAUUGAAACUUUUGCCACAAGGCUGGUUAAACAAAAACAUCUUUAUCAUUCUAAGCACCCUAAGUGGCAUGGCCCCGGGCUUAUAAUGAAAAGAUUUUCAAACAAAAAACAAACAGAUGUAUGUGAUGAUAUAGAUUAGAUACAUCUAGCAUUUAGACGACAUUUGUCUCUUUUCCUUUGCUUCCACUAGCAUAAGUGGGAACUACGAUUGCUCUGACUUUCUCAACAUCCCUUUGAGAAUACGUAGGCACAAGGUCGAUCCUUGGCGAGCAAAACAAAACAAAAAAAACCAUUCAAACCUUAGCACCCUUAGACCCCGAGCUACAGAUGCUCUGAUUCCCUCUAGGGGAUAUGUAUGCAGAGGAUCGCGAUGAUCUUUGCGAGCAUAAUCAAACAAACACCUUAGGUCCCACCUCUUUCUCACAAGAACCUCCACCACAACAAGAAUGGAAUAAAACAAAACAAAGAAACCUAUAGAGUACUAUAGAUACGUUGGGUGCUAAUACCUUCCCUUCGUAUAACCAACCCUCUUACUCAAGAUCUCUCCCCACUUUUAAGGUUAUUGCAACUUUUUUCCUUUUCCUCUUUUGGAAACAAUAAAAAGUUUGGUCCGUACAAAAGAAAAAUCAUUUUUUUGAGCACUCGAGCCCAAAGAAGGCAUCAGGUGUCUCAUUUAGAAAAGACAACGAUUUUUCCCCGCGACAGAAAAAUGGCGACUUCACUGGGGACCAUCUUUUUAUUGUUUCCAAAGAAAGGGUUAUUUCCAUUUAUUUUGUUUUUAUUUUGUUCUUGUUUGGUUCUUUGGUUCUGUUACAUCUGUGGUUCUGUUACAAGUGAUACAUUAUGGACAAAUCCUAACCCGGAUUAAGUACACAUAAGAAAUUAGGUGGAGGGUAUAGUCAUGUGCAGGCGCACGUGAGAAUCCUUCCGCUCAGUGGAGGUUCCUUGUUUGUAAUAUAUGUUUAGCGAGUUAAUUGCGAAGACAUUGUUGCUUUCAUUGAACUGUAGAAGCUGAGUUGGCUGUAGAACCCCAACCCAUCCUGGCCUUAUUAGGUUGUGGUGCAGAAACUAUUCAGGUGAAGACUUGGAUUAGUUGUCAUGCGGAGAACCACACUCAGACGAGUUUUUCUUGAGAAUAUUGCUGGCUCAUGAGUUUAAUUGUGGAAAGCCGGUAAUAUCCGAAAGAAAGAUGUAGACUCUGACGUAUCAGUAGAACAUGUUUUGCAGGUGAUUAACUAGAACUAUCCCAUAUUUGGUUCUCUGACCUCAUGCUCGUGACGCUGGACCUUUGAACCUAUGUGUACUAUGUUUGAAUUACCAUGUUUGUAGUACCAUGUUUGCGUUACCAUGUUUGAACUACCAUGUUUGCUUUACCAUGUUUGAAUAUGUGGCAUCCACGCAUCCAUGCAUUCAUACAUUCAAAAAAAAUCCAUCUUUUCCCAUAAAAACAUGAUUUUUCCAAAAAUUUAGAGAAUUUUCUUUGCAAACAUUAUAGGAUUAGGUUAUGGAAUGGGUAAAAAGGCAUACUAAGAGGUACGGUUUCAAAGAGCCUAAUGUGGAAAGACUGAAAGAGUUAGCGUCUUUUGUACAAGAUCCUUCUGAUUUUAGGAAAAGCCAUGGAAAGCUUUUGCCUAUCUUGAACACUCAUGUUGAUGAAGGACUUCUCAAAACCCUGGUUCAGUUUUAUGAUCCCGUCUACCGGUGUUUUACCUUUCCAGACUAUCAGUUGGUACCAACCUUGGAAGAAUAUGCCAAUCUUUUGGGUAUUCCUGUGUCUGACAAAAUACCUUUCAAUGGUUUGGAAGCCAUUCCUAAGUCACCAGUCAUUGCAACAGGUACCCACUUGAAGAAAUCUGAAAUAGAGAGUAAUUGGACUACCAAAGGAAACCUUCCAGGUUUGCCUUCACAGUUUCUAAUAAAGAGAGCCUUUGAUUUCAUCGAGACUGGUAGCAUGAUAGCUUUUGAAGCUGUACUAGCCUUGCUCAUCUAUGGGUUGGUUCUGUUUCCCAAUAUCGACGACUUUGUUGAUAUCAAUGCCAUAAAGGUCUUUUUGAAUGGAAAUCCCGUUCCGACUCUGCUUGGUGACAUGUAUUUCUCUGUCCAUCAUAGGAAUCACCAAGGUGGUGGAAUUAUUGUAUGUUGUGCACCUCUGUUAUUUAAAUGGAUUGUUUCACACUUACCUAAGUCUCCCAUUUUCACGGAAAACCGGGAAGGUUUACGUUGGUCUCAAAGACUUAUGUCUCUUACUAAUAAUGAUAUUCAGUGGUAUACCUUGACUCGCUGCGGUACAGAAACCAUUGAAAGUUGUGGAGAAUUCGCCAACGUACCCCUCAUUGGUACACAAGGAGGAAUUAACUACAAUCCGGUCCUAGCCCGACGACAACUCGGGUAUGCAAAUUCAACUAAACCCAUUGGCCCUACAGUGGAAAGCUACUUCUAUCAGGAAGGAAAUGAUCCUCAAGGGUUGAAAACAAAAAUGGUGAAAGCCUGGUACGACAUCCGAUGGAAAGAAAAAGGUGAGAUAAGGAACUGUAUCGCUACGAACGCCUACAUCUGUUGGGUAAAGAAAAGGGCAAAGGAGUUUCAAAUGCCUUAUGAUUAUGAAAAACCCAUGUUCCCCGUGGUACCUCAACGACCCAACAUUCCCGCUAUGGAGGAAUACCAAGACACUUUGACCAAGAUGAGGAUAGAAAAAGACGCUUGGAAAGAAAAAUUUCGAAAAACUGAUGUGGAAAACAGAAAGUUGAAGAAACAAGUGAAAGAACAUGAAGAAACUCUCUAUUAUCAGGAUGGAUGGCUCAUGAACAAAGAUGAGAAGAUCCGUCGGAAAGAUGCCGCAAUCAGAAGAUACAUCAAAGAAAGCAAGAAAAAGCUUGAAGGCUCAACAAGCAACGCUCCAACUCCUGACAAUUGGAAGAAUGUGGUUGACAAGCUGAAAGCUGAAAAGGCCGAGUUGAAAGCUUACUAUGGGAAAGAAAUCAUGAAGCUCAAGCUGCACAAUGCAUUUGGUUCUUCGUCUGAUGAAGAUGUUUAGGAUUUGUUUAGAUUUUCAUGUAUCAUUUGAUUCUGUAAGGAGCUACGCUCCAAUGUUGUAACAUUUCCCAUUAUUUCAAUAAAAGAAUUGUUUGUGUUCAAAUGUUUGCAAGGAAAUAAUCUUUAAAAUGUUUGGAAAAAUCAUAGAAUUUCUCUUUGCAUACAUCAUUCUGCAUAUCGAGUCUGUUGUAUAGAGUCUCAUCUUUUGGAUCUUUCUCCAUAAGAUCGUCAAGCUGUCGCGUCUCAAAGUUUCUCGACCGCGCUCGCAAUCAGAUCACAGAUACAAUACUCGUUCAAGCAGAAGAAGAGUAAUGGAACACUCUGAACAAGAGAAUAUUGAGCUUCGUGGUACAGUGACCACUCUUCAGGAAAAAUUGGAAAGUCUCACUACUUUGGUUGACUCCUUAAUGGCCGCACAGAAUCAGCCGCCGCCACCCAACAGUCAAGCAACAGUGACUUCUGAAGUCACUACUCCAGUUUCUACAGUUGCAUUCGGUAUUCCAUCUUUCUCUAUGCCAGAAGGUUGGGGCCCGCCUUUCAGCUUUGGUACAGGUUUCCGUCAUAAUUUCUCUGGGGUUCAAACAGCUACAACUGAAGCGCCUGCUGCACAAGGUUCAGCAUUUAUUCCACAUUCAGGGGUAACUUUUUCCCAAAUCACUAUGGCACUUUCUCAACUUACUAUGACAGUUCCGACCCCUACGGUUCACACUGUUCCUUAUGAUGGCAAUGAGAUUUAUCAUGAUCAAGGUGAUAGCACAAAUCAGCGUAAUCUUGUGGGAGAUCUCCAAGAGCAGUUUAACAAGAUGCAGUUGGAAGUCAAAGCUACCCGUGGGAAAGAUUUGUUUGGAAAGAAUGCCCAGGAGCUAUGUUUGGUUCCCAGUGUACAAAUACCGGCUAAGUUCAAGGUCCCUGACUUUGAGAAGUACAAAGGUAGUUCUUGUCCACAAAGUCAUCUUGUGAUGUAUGCCAGAAAGAUGUCUACUUAUGCAGAUAAUCAUCAGUUGCUUAUCCAUUACUUUCAAGACAGUUUGACUGGUGCCGCACUGAAAUGGUACACAGGUUUGGAUAGCACCAAUAUUCGGACUUUCAACGACCUAGGUGAGGCCUUUGUCCGACAAUACAAGUAUAACUCGGAUAUGGCUCCGGACAGAGAUCAGCUUCGGUCCAUGGCUCAGAAAGAUCAUGAAGCUUUCAAAGAAUAUGCCCAACGAUGGAGAGAAAUUGCUGCUCAGAUUAAUCCACCGUUAAAAGAGAAAGAGAUGACAAAGAUCUUCUUGAAUACCCUCAGUCCGUUUUAUUAUGAACGCAUGAUUGCUAGUGCCCCAAGUGAUUUCACCGAAAUGGUAAACAUGGGGAUGCGUCUAGAAGAAGGAGUCCGAACCGGACGUCUGACUAAAGAAGGUGGAUCUUCGAGUGGAACCAAAAAGUUCGGAAGUGGUUUCCCAAAGAAGAAGGAACAAAGUGUUGACAUGGUAUCCCAAGGGAGGCCAAGAGGAAACGUCAAUCGUCGACAACAGAUUGCUGCUAUUGCGCCAGUCGUUAAUACAGCACCAAAUCCGGGAUUUACCCCGCAGUUUCAACAACAACAGCCUCGACAACAGGCUCAGCAGUUCAACAAUAAUCAGAAUCGUGUGCAAAGAGCUCCACAGUUCGAUCCGAUUCCAAUGACCUACACAGAAUUGUACCCUGCGCUGGUUGAAAAAGGUCUCGUUCAAACUAGAGCACCACCACCGGUACCUGAGAAACUCCCAUGGUGGUACAAAGCAGAGGUCUCAUGCCCUUAUCAUCAAGGAGCACCUGGACAUGAUCUUGAGCAUUGCAUAGCCUUGAAAUAUGAAGUUCAGAGGUUGGUUAAAUCUAAUCUCCUCUCGUUCAGAAAUUUGAAUCCAAAUGUGCAAGCAAAUCCACUGCCCAAUCAUGGAGGGCAUGUUGUAAACAUGGUGAAUGGAUGUCCUGGUCCAUACCGAGUCUAUAAUAUCAACUUCUCAAGAGCAGAUUUGGUACAAAUGCACGCUACUCUUUGUCGGGGGCAGAAUUUUCGCCAGCAUCAAUACGGUUCCUGUAGAAUAUGUUGUGUGGAUCCUCACGGGUGUUCAAUUGUGAGAAGAGAUCUCCAAGUUUUGCUAGAUAAUGGUACUAUUGAGAUCUACAGAAAUAGGGAUGAAAAUGAAGUUAACAUGAUAGGAUGUUAUCCGCAUGAGCUUUUAGUCUCAGAUAUCAACUCGGAAAUGCCUACAGUUAACGUCAUCGUUCCUCAUUUCAACAUGCCUGAGCGCAUGGAAGUUACUUACAACAAGCCGAAGGUUCCAAUUGCUCCUUUGAUCAUUUGUCUACCUGGACCUGUUCCUUAUGACUCUGACAAGGCAGUUCCAUACAACUACAAUGCAACAAUGAUAAAGGAUGGACAAGAAGUUCCUUUACCAACUCUCUCAUCUGUCGAAAACAUCGCUGAUGUGAGUCGAGUAACAAGAAGUGGACGUGUGUAUACUCCACUACCUUCAAAGCAGCCUAGUACUCCUAUAACUGGGCAAAAUCCUGUUAAUACACCAGUGGGGAAUCCUAUGGAAACUCCUGUCAGUAAUACAAACACUGAUGUUGGUCAAUCCAGUGGAACCAAUGUGAAUCCUGAUUUUGAUGAAAUUUCGAAGCUUAUCAAAAGAAGUGAAUACAAGAUUGUGGAUCAGCUUAUGCAGACUCCUUCAAAAAUCUCAAUACUUUCAUUGUUGUUGAAUUCAGAAGCCCACAGAGAAGCCCUGAUGAAAGUUUUGGAUCAAGCUUUUGUAGAUCAUGAUGUGACUGUUGAUCACUUUGAUGGGAUAAUAGCCAACAUAACAGCUUGCAACAAUUUAAGCUUCUGUGAUGAAGAACUCCCCGAGGAGGGCAGAAAUCACAAUCUUGCUUUGCACAUUUCUAUGAACUGUCAGUCAGACUCUUUGUCCAAUGUGUUGGUAGACACCGGAUCUUCCUUGAAUGUGAUGCCAAAGACGACUCUUGCUCGCUUGUCUUACCAAGGAAUGCCUAUGAAGUUCAGUGGUGUAGUUGUCAAAGCAUUUGAUGGAUCGCGAAAAUCUGUUAUCGGUGAAGUCAACCUUCCCAUGACAAUUGGUCCACAUACAUUUCAAAUCAUUUUCCAGGUCAUGGACAUUCAAGCUGCUUAUAGCUGUCUGUUAGGACGACCAUGGAUCCAUGAAGCAGGGACAGUAACUUCUACGCUCCAUCAGAAGUUAAAAUUUGUAACAAAUGGAAAAUUGGUAACAAUAAGUGGAGAACAAGCCUUGAUGGUGAGCCAUUUAUCCAAUUUCUCUUUCAUUGGUGCUGAUGAUGUGGAAGGAACUCAGUUCCAAGGUCUCUCUUUAGAAGACGAAUCUUCCAAAAAGAAAGCAUCAAUCUCUUCUUACAAAGAGGCGGUAAAAGUAGUGAAAGAUGGAACUACCACUGGCUGGGGGCAAGUUGUGAUCCCGACCAAGAAUGAAACCAGAGCAGGUCUCGGAUGUUCACCAACAUUCUCAAACUGCACCAAGAAGGAUGAAACCCUUCGUCCGAUCAAAGAAACUUUCAUUAGUGGAGGAUUCCUUAACCGAAUUCCUCAAGAGGUUAAUGUCCUUAUCGAAGAAUGCAUCGAAGAAGGUCUACCUGAUCCUGAAGAAGAAUGGAAAUGUUAUCUCAAUGACUCGGGAUACAUAUCUCAGGAAGAACCAUAUCCUCCGUCAGAGAAACCCAAAGGCAAAGAAACUGAGCCUGUUCCUGCAGAAAUCUGGGACACCUUGGGACAACCAAGUGGAAAAUUUGAUUAUAUGGUGAAAUACACUGCACCUGAAAGUUACAAGAUUGCGAUUGAAGAUAUCCAACCAACUGGAUGGGGAGAUUCCUUUGAAUAUGAUAGUCAACCAGAAGAGGUUUAUCAGCCCUGUCAAUUUUCUCAGCAGCCUGAAAUUACUGAAGAUUUCGGAUUUAAUGCAUCUGCCAAGGUUUAUAAUCCUGAAGGUGGUUAUUAUCACAUAAAUGCCAUUUUUGAAGAUGAAGGGGAAGAUGAUCCCGCAGCUGACUCAGAAAGUGUCGCUGACAAUGAGUCUCUUCAUCCUGAAGACUGGGAAAUACAUCCUGAAAAUUCUGAAGAUUGUGACUCGUCUUACGCUCUUCAAGAAGUAGAAGAAGAUCGUUUUAACUCUACAAAGAACAAGGUUGACAAACCAGGACCUUCAAAUCCUGCUCGACCAGCGGUCAAUGUCAAUACUGAAGAUAAUUCUGAGGAGAACUUUCCUGAAUACAUAAUACACAGAGGAGUUCGUUGCUACUGGAAGGCUGUCGACGUUCCGAAUGUUGUUCGCCGCUCAAAGUAA